GCAGCGAUGAGCACGUCUGCAGGCUGCUGCCAGGGCUGUCUGCAUUAUGUGUUUGAUUAUGAAACAACAAAAACACUGGUUAUUCCAAGCAUACGGUUAGGAUGUGCAUUCAGGUUCACGCAGCUGCUGGUGGUGCUGUAUGUGGUGGGGUAUGUGUGUGUGGUGCAGAAGGCCUACCAGGAGACGGACUCCGUCAUCAGCAGUGUCACCACCAAAGUGAAAGGUUUUGCCUUAACCAAUGCAUCUGACAUGGACCCCCGAUUUUGGGACGUGGCUGACUACAUUAUCCCUCCUAAGGGUGACCAUUCCUUCUUUGUGAUGACAAAUAUGGUUGUCACCCCAGAACAAACGCAGACACGUUGUCCUGAGCUUCCAAGUCCAUCAACGAUUUGCGCGGAUGACUGUGACUGUACCGAGGGACACAGCGAUCCUCGGGGCAAUGGUAUACAAUCAGGACUCUGUGUCAACUAUUCCUCAACUGUCCAGACCUGCCAAGUGUUCUCAUGGUGCCCUCUUGAAAUAGAUACUGAGCUGCCCCAACAUGCACUUCUGGCUGCAGCAGAGAACUUUACCGUGUUAAUCAAAAACAGCGUAACAUACCCGAAGUUCAACUUUCACAGAAGAAACAUACUGCCACAUAUUAACUCCUCGUACCUGAAGAGGUGUCAGUUCAGCCGUGCGACAGACCCUGACUGCCCCAUAUUCCGCCUCAAAGACAUUGUUUCUGAGGCUGGAGAGGAAUUUCAAGACAUGGCUGUGAAGGGUGGCAUCCUUGGCAUUAUUAUUGACUGGAGCUGUGACCUGGACUGGUGGGCAGGGAAGUGUUACCCCAAGUACAGCUUCCACAGGCUGGACAACAAAAACCCUGUCAAUAAUGUGGCCCCUGGAUACAACUUCAGGUUCGCCAAAUAUUACAAAGCUCCAGAUGGAGAGGAAACCAGGACCUUAAUCAAAGCAUACGGGAUCCGGUUUGACGUCAUUGUAUUUGGAACAGCUGGGAAGUUUAGUAUUGUACCAACUAUAGUGAACUUGGGUGCAGCAUUGUCAUUCCUCAGUUUGGUUCCCGUAGUUUCUGACUGGAUCAUGUUGACAUGCACGAAGAAAAAAGAUCUUUACGGCAAACUUAAAGCCACAUAUCUGAGUGAGGAUGCUGAGGCUGAAGCAAUGUCAAUGGGCACCUCCUAUGGAACUCAGUAACAUGGUCACAAUGACAUUUCUACAGCAUGAUCUGAACCUGCUCUAAAAAAUUGUCCUCAGCAUAAUUUGAAUUCUUCAAUAAAAUGGGUUAAAUGUAAAA